AGAACACAACAACCGAAAAAAUAUAAAAUCCACAGCAACCGUUAUAAAGAGUUUAGUUGUAAAACACUUUAGUAGAAGAGAUACAAUAGUUACUAGAGAUUGCAAGAAAUAACAAAAUGUGGCAAUUUAGCUUCACAGCCAUAAUACUCAUCGCUUUGCUGACGGCGCGACUGUGCAACGGCGAUUGCAAUGUUUGCAACGAGAAUAAUGGCGCUGCGUGUAUUUCAAAUACCACUUUUCAGUUAUGCUUUGGCGGCCUACCACAGGGAACCGUAUUUUCUUGUCCGAAUGCCGGCGAUGUUUGCACCAAUUUGGGACUGAUUUGUGCCGAUCCCGAAAGCAAUCCAAAUAUUCAAGCUGAUUGUGGUGACACGGAACAAUGUGGACUUUGUACUGGUAUUUCAGAUGGCGCUUACGCUUGCACCAGCCAAACCACGUUUGUCAUGUGCCAAGAUGAAGUGCCAUCAAGUGUAUCUGGCACCUGUCCCAAUAAUGAUGUUUGCUUAACUUCCCGUGCGAAUGGUGGUAUAAAUCCUUGUGCCAGUCAAUGUUUGGCUAAUACUCAGGAUAUGUGCGAUAUUAUAUCUCCGGAUGCCACAACUGUUGCGCCCACAACUCAGACGGCCAGUACUCAAACAUCUUCCAGUGCAACAUCCGCAACUCAAACAUCCACUGCUGACACCACUCAAAGUCCAACAACUGUGAGUAGUUCCAGUGCAGGCACGACUUUAAGUGCGGGGGAUGCUGUGUGUGGUAGUCAAACUGCAGUAGGUCGUUACCAGAAUCCGAAUGACGCCACAUGUCGAACAUAUAUCUACUGUAGCGCGAAUCGUACAACUGGUGGUUUAGUUGGUCGUCUGAUGACUUGCGCUGGCACAACAUACUUUAAUCCGAGUAUAAAUAGGUGUCAAGCUGCUCAGCCAGCGGGUUGUACUUAGAUAUAGAAAUAUUGAAAAACUAUAAAAUUGUCAGAGGAUAGGGUUGGGAUGUAGAACGUAUAAUUAAUAAGAAAUUUUAUCGAUUUUAAAUAAAGCCAAAGCGAAGCUUAUCUUCCAUUAA